AUGCUGGUGAAAAUUGUGCUAGUUGUAUUGCUCACGCUGGCGUUAGUAUUUGAAUGUUUUAGCACGAUAUCAGUGCCAAUUACAAUCGGUUUGUAUAUCUCUGAAUAUAACGGGUAUCGGUUCGGAGUUUUCGGAUGGUGUAAGGUGGAUAGAUCUGUUUGCUCACCCAUUAGGAUAGGGUAUUCAAAGGAUGACAUUCUUUUGUUUAACGAACAAGAAUAUCUGCAUCUGCCGAACCAUGCGAAAUAUGCAUUAUCAAAUUUACUAUUGGUUCACGUUUUGGCAUUUGUAUGCGUAACUAUCCUUUGGGUAUUUGGAAUGUUGACAUGUUUCCGUUGCAUAAAGACGUCGAGACGAAUGUUGAUCAUAGCUGUGCUAUGGUCUAUGCUUACAUUUAUGGUCACGCUUCUAGGAUUUUUGAUAGACAUCUUGAUCUUCUCAUCACAUGUCACAUGGUGUACCUGGUUAACGCUAGCCAGCGCAUUUUUCACUGUCCUAAGCGGUACAGUACUAUGCGUGAUGAGACGUAACCUCACAUACGAUAAAUUUCUCGAAUCUAAACCGGAAAAACACGGUGUUUAUGUCCCUUUAUGCCGCCUAAAUGACGUUGAAGAGCUGGAAAUACCCUGGUGUAAUACUAUGAAUCAUCAAGCACUUACAGCGCCAACACCGAUGUAG